UCACUGCUCGCUCUCUUCUGACGCAACUGCCUCAAACAUGGCUUCACUGAGCAAUCAAAACCCAUCUUCCUCUUCUUCCCUUCUUCCUGGGUCCGCCUGUUCUUCGAAGUACAAUGUGAUCUUGAGCUUUAAGGAUGAAGAUAACAACUUUGUUAGCCAUCUUUAUAGAAAAUUGAGCUUGGAAGGAAUACAUACUGUAGAAAAUGGUGGAAAGCUAGAAUUUCCUGUAGCUAUUCAAGAAUCAAGACUUAUAGUCGUUGUUUUAUCAGAGAAGUAUGCUUGCUCUGCUCAGUGCUUGGAUGAACUUGUAAAGAUCACAGAUUGCUGGGAGAAAACAAGAAAAAUGGUUGUACCCAUUUUCCAUAAUGUGGAUCCAGAUGAUUUGGGAAAUCAAAGAGGCAAAGUAGCAGAAGCUUUUGCAAAGCAUGAAGAAAAUUUCAAGGAGAAGGUGAAAAUGUGGAAGGAUGCUCUAACAAAAGUGGCCUCAAUUUGUGGGUGGGAUUCAUUGCAAUGGGAGGAGACAAUCUUCAUAGAGCAAAUUGUUAGAGAUAUUUCAGACAAGUUAAUUUAUACAUCAUCGACUGAUACCAGUGAACUUGUUGGAAUGGGUUCACACAUAGCGGAAAUGGAAAAGAAAUUGUGCCUUGAGUUAAAUGGUGUCCACAUGGUAGGAAUAUGGGGCAUGGGUGGCAUAGGUAAAACAACAAUUGCCAAGCUGAUUUAUGAUAUGCUCUCUAGCCAAUUUGAGGUUCAUUGCUUUCUUCCAAAUGUUAAAGAACAUUUCGAAAAACAUGGUGCUGCCGUUUUACAGCAGAAACUUCUUUCCAAUGUCUUAAGUGAACGAAGGAGCCUCAAUGCAUGGACUUUCAAUGCGAGUUUUAAUGUGAUCAAGAGAGCUCUCCAUCACAGAAAGGUUCUUCUUGUUCUUGAUGAUGUGGAUGAUUACAAGCAGUUGGAAGCCUUAGCCCGAGAGCCUAAUUGGUUUGGUGAAGGAAGUAGGAUCAUCAUAACUAGUCGUGAUUAUCACUUGCUAGACUCGCAUGGAGUGGAGAGUAUAUAUGAGGUUCAGUAUCUGAAGACUGACCAUGCCCUUCAGCUAUUCAGUCUGCAUGCCUUCAAACAAAACAAUGCAAAAAUAGAGUAUCUAGAGCUCACAAAACAGUUUUCAUCUUAUGCUAAAGGUCUUCCUUUGGCUGUUAAGGUUUUUGGCUCAUUUCUCAAUGGUAGAAACAUACUUGAGUGGCAAAGUGUGAAAAAUAAACUAGCAAAAAUUCCAUGCAUAGGAAUUCAUGAUGUAUUGAGAAUAAGCUUUGAGGGAUUAGAUGAGACACAGAGAGAUGUAUUUCUUGAUAUUGCAUGCUUUUUCAACGGGUUGAGCAAAGAAUUUGCAAGAGAUAUUCUGGGUGGUUGUGGCUUCUUUCCAGACAUAGCAUUUGCAGUUCUCAAGGAUAAGGCUCUUAUAACCAUUGAUGAUAAUGAGUUGUUGGUGCAUGAUUUGCUGCGAGAAAUGGGUCAUGAAAUUGUAUAUCAAGAAUCGAAGGAAGAGCCUGGAAAACGUAGUAGGUUGUGGAUUCCUGAUGAUAUUUUCCACGUAUUGACCAAAAGCACGGGGACUAAAAUUGUUGAAGGCAUUUUUCUUGAUACUUUUAAAGUCAGAAAGAUGCACUUGAGUUCUGAAGCCUUUGCAAAGAUGAGGAAUCUUAGAAUGCUCAAAUUCUACUAUACUGGCUCUAAAUAUAUGAAUAAGGUGCACCUACCUGAUGAGGGUCUCCAUUAUAUGUCUAGUAAUCUAAGACUCUUCCAUUGGGAAGGUUAUCCUUCAAAAUCACUUCCUUCGAGCUUUCAUGCUGAAAACCUUAUCGAACUUAACUUGGUUGGUAGUAAUCUGGAACAACUCUGGACUGGAGUCCAGCAUCUUGUGAAUUUAAAAUGGAUUGAUCUCAGUUACUCCAGGCACUUGACUAGAAUCCCAGAUCUUUCAAAAGCCCAAAAUCUUGAGAGAAUGGAGCUUACGACCUGCCAAAAUUUGGCUGCGGUUUCCUCGUCUGUUCAAUGUCUCAACAAGCUUGUCUUCUUGGAUUUGAGUGACUGCACAAAUCUAAGGAGUCUCCCAGGUGGGAUUAACUUAAAUUCUCUCAAGGCUCUUGUUCUCACUAGCUGCUCAAACCUUGCCAAAUUGCCAGAGAUCUCUGGAGAUAUCCGAUUUCUUUGUCUAAGUGGAACUGCCAUAGAAGAACUCCCCCAGUUUAUUGGAUCUCUUACGAGUCUAGUUACUUUGUACCUGAGAAAUUGCAAAAGGCUCAAGAAAAUUACAAGCAGCAUUUCUCAGUUGACAUCUCUUAGCAUGUUCUGCCUCACUGGCUGUUUAAGUAUCACGAAGUUUCCAGAUAUCCCUGAAAAUGUGGAAUCUGUAGACUUUACAGGCACUGCAAUUGAAGACCUGCCCUCGUCAAUUUGCUCACUCUCAAGACUAUUUCAGUUAAAUCUCUCAAAUAGUAAGAAACUAAAGAGUUUGCCAAGUAGCAUUUGCAAAUUGGGAUGCCUCCAAAUACUUUGUCUUUCUGGAUGCUCAGCACUUGACAGUUUCCAUAACUUGGAAUCUCUCCCAUGUCUAAAAAGACUAGAUUUAAGCAACUGUGAUCUAUCAGAAUUCCCUAGCAACCUAAGCAGUUUAUCCUUGUUGGAAAAUUUGGAUCUAAGCAAAAACAAUUUUGAGAUCAUACCUGCCACCAUCAAACAUCUAUCUCAACUGAAAUUGCUGAACAUAAGCUCUUGCAGGAGGCUCAGAUGUUUGCUGGAUGUUCCGCCAUGUAUAAAAAUUUUAAAAGCAUGGCACUGCACAUCAUUAGAAGCCAUACCGCGCAUAAAAAGUUUAUGGGAGCCAGAUGUUGAAUAUUGGGAUUUUGCUAAUUGCUUCAACUUAGAUCAAAAGGAAACCAGCAACUUAGCAGAAGAUGCUCAAUGGAGCUUUCUGGUUAUGGAAACUGCUUCAAAGCAAGUCCAUGAUUACAAGGGAAAUCCAGGUCAGUUUUGUUUUCCAGGAAGUGAAGUUCCAGAAAGUUUCUGCAAUGAAGAUAUAAGAUCUUCACUCACAUUCAUGCUGCCCUCAAAUGGACGCCAGCUCAUGGGAAUUGCGCUUUGCGUUGUUCUUGGCAGUGAGGAGCCUUAUUCAGUCAGUAAGGUCAGAUGUUGUUGCAAAUGCCAUUUCAAAUCUACUAACCAAGACGAUCUCAUUUUCACAUCCCAAUACGGGUCGAUAAAUCAUGAAAAUGUGACCCUCAAUUCAGAUCAUAUUUUACUAUGGUUCGAGUCUUGGAAGAGCAGGUCAGACAAACUAAACAACUCUUUUACUGAAUGUCACGAAGCUUCGUUUGAAUUCUGCAUUUCGUAUGGCUUCAAGAAGCAUAUCAAUGUGAGAAAAUACGGUGUUCAUCUAAUCUAUGCUGAGGAAACCAGCGAAAAUCCGCCUAAUAUUUUCCACAAACAGUUAUCUGCGCUCAACCAAGAUUCUUCCCAACCAAUGGGGGAAGACCGUAAUACUAAGAGACGGCGCAGUCGCAGUGAUGACUUCACUGCUAAGGAGGAGCAGCAGCCUAACCGUAAGAGAGUGAAAGUAUGUUCUGCUUAGUGUACUGCAAAUUUAGAUGAUCAUCAAUCCUUUACCCUGGUUUAGCUUUGCUGUCUUGUCCAUUUCUUUAGUAAGGAGACAGGACUUUGUUAAUCAGACAGAAAAGAAAAAAAAGAAUCCAGUAAGUCUGACAAUUUUUAUUAGGAGCUAUUGAUUCUCAGAUUAUCACUAAAACAGAAAAAAGAAAUGCAUUUCUGCUUCGAUUUUGUUAA